AUGAAGUCAACAGUUUACCCUCUGACUAUCUUCGCUGGCUUGCUGGCCUCCACAAAAGCAACCCCUCUCCCUGUCCCUGUCGACAAAAGCCUCAAGGAGUGCGGUAGCCAAUGGUACAGCCCAAGCAGCUAUACCUGCCGAGUCGGAGCUGAUAGUAACGCCCUCUGCCCGGUCGUUAACGGCGAAGCCAUGGAGGACUGCAAUGGCACCUGCUACACACCUUGCUGCUACAGGUUCGCAUCUGCAUCGUCAAUAGCCCGUGCAUCUACUAACCAUGACCNNAGCUGCAGCGGAACGACUCUUGUUGAGAAUCCCAGAAAGACCAGCGGAACCUUCACCCUUACUGCCAGCAAUCCGGAUCAGCCCUUCGACGGCGAACCUAUUCAAGCUGCUGGUAAUCACUUCUGGGUCGGAGGACAUGCCGCCACCUACUGUCCAUCAAACGUUGGCAGUAUCUGCACCUCAUUCCCCAAUGACACCACCCUCAUCGGCAACGGCUACAUGGUAAGCAGAACAUAUUGCUCAGGGUUGAAGCAUUGGCUGACCAAGCACCAGGCAACUGUGGUUCCCGGCGGACAGAGCAUCUACUGGCAGAAUGAUGGAUCGAUGGCCUUCACCCAAGCACACUCGUCUGCGCAAUACAACUUGAGCUACUACGGCGGCGGCAUUGCCUACGAGGGCGGUGGCUACUUUGGACCCAACGGAGAAGACUUGAUCACUUGCCCUGUCACGCCAGAAGGCAGCAACACGACAGCCUGGAAGCUCUUCGCACGUCUGUCCGGUGUUGGAUUCCCAAGCUCGUGCGUCGGAUUGUAUGUCGUCGUCCAUGACCAGAACAUCACAGCAGGUGCUUGGCAGUACACCUAG